CCUGCUUAGAUGUGCAGAAUGCAGCCAGAUCCACAGAACCACUCAGCCUACUCAUAGAUUCAUGAAAAAGAAAACUAAGUAGAAGAUCAUGGCAAGUCCUGACUGGGGAUAUGACGGUGAAAAUGGUCCUGAACAGUGGGGCAAGCUGUACCCCAUCGCAAAUGGAAAUAGACAAUCUCCCAUCGACAUCAAAACCAGUGAAACCAAACAUGAUGCCUCUCUCAAACCUAUCAGUGUCUCCUACAGUCCAGACACAGCCAAAGAAAUCAUCAACGUGGGACAUUCCUUCCAUGUAAACUUUGAGGACAAUGAUAAUCGAUCAGUGCUGAAAGGCGGUCCUCUCCCUGAAAGCUAUAGGCUCCAUCAAUUCCAUUUUCACUGGGGUGUCAAAGAUGACUAUGGUUCUGAGCACUUAGUAGAUGGAGUCAAAUAUUCUGCAGAGCUUCAUAUAGUUCACUGGAAUUCUGCGAAGUACUCCAGCUUUGCUGAAGCUGCCUCACAGGCUGAUGGUUUGGCACUUAUUGGUGUUUUGGUGAAGGUGGGUCAGGCCAAUCCAAACCUGCAGAAAGUACUUGAUGCCCUAAAAGCAGUUAAAACUAAGGGCAAAAAAGCCCCAUUCACAAAUUUUGACCCCUCUGUUCUCCUUCCUUCAUCCUGGGAUUACUGGACCUACCUUGGCUCUCUGACUCAUCCUCCUCUUUAUGAGAGUAUAAUCUGGAUCAUCUUUAAGGAAAACAUCAGUAUCAGCUCAGAGCAGCUGGCACAGUUCCGCAGUCUUCUAUCAAAUGUGGAAGGUGAUAAAGAAGUCCCCAUUAAGCACAACAACCGACCACCCCAGCCUCUGAAGGGCAGAACAGUGAAAGCUUCAUUCUGA